AUGACCACCAUGGAUCUCCGCGUUGGGAACAAGUAUCGAAUAGGCCGUAAAAUCGGCAGCGGCUCUUUCGGAGAUAUUUACCUAGGCACCAAUAUCAUUUCUGGAGAAGAGAUUGCCAUCAAACUUGAGUCCGUCAAGGCCAAACACCCUCAGCUAGAAUAUGAGGCACGAGUCUACAAAUCCCUGGCUGGCGGUGUAGGCAUUCCUUUCGUCCGCUGGUUCGGGACCGAGUGUGACUACAAUGCUAUGGUCUUGGACUUGCUUGGACCUUCCCUCGAAGAUCUCUUCAACUUCUGCAACCGAAAGUUCUCCUUGAAGACUGUCCUCCUCCUGGCCGACCAGCUCAUUUCUCGAAUCGAGUACAUCCAUGCCAAGUCCUUCAUCCACCGAGAUAUCAAGCCAGACAACUUCCUCAUGGGUAUCGGCAAGAGAGGAAAUCAGGUCAACGUGAUUGAUUUUGGUUUGGCCAAGAAAUACCGAGACCCCAAGACACACUUCCACAUCCCAUACAGAGAGAACAAGAACUUGACUGGUACUGCUAGAUACGCCAGCAUUAACACGCACUUGGGUGUUGAGCAAUCUCGUCGAGACGAUAUGGAAUCCUUGGGCUAUGUCAUGCUCUACUUUUGUCGAGGCUCUCUACCAUGGCAAGGUCUCAAAGCUGCCACCAAGAAACAGAAGUACGAUAGAAUCAUGGAGAAGAAGAUGACAACUCCCACCGAGGUCUUGUGCCGAGGCUUUCCUAACGAGUUCGCCAUUUACCUCAACUACACCAGAUCUCUUCGCUUCGACGACAAGCCAGACUACUCUUAUCUACGGAAGAUCUUCCGAGAUCUCUUUGUCCGAGAAUCCUUCCAGUACGACUACGUUUUCGACUGGACUGUCUACAAGUACCAGAAGAAUGCUCAAGCUAUUGCUCAGGCUGCUGGAAACCAAGGUCAAGAAGACGACGAGAGCAAGCCAAGACGAUCCAAUCAAGCCACUGGUGCUCCAACUCCUCAGCACACCUCCGCUGCUGGCAAGCCAACCGCCGUCAAUAACUCUCGACGCAAGGUGAUGGAACGAGGUGCUGGCGACAACACUGGUAGUGAUAGGAUCUCCACGACACAAUCAUUGCACCUUCUUCCAGACACCGGACAGUAUCCUCACAUCAUGGUUGAGCUUCGCAAAAGACCACCACCAAAAGAGCCUCUAGACCCAGCUCCUGCAGCGAAGAAGAGCAGAGCCAAACCAGCAGCAAAGCAAGAAUCUGUAGCUAACAAGGCGAAAGCGGCAGUGGCUAAGGUUAAAGAUGCUGUUACAGGCUCUGGCAAGGCAGACACUGCUAACGAUCAGUCAACAGCUACUGCAGACGAGGCGCUUGUCGAAACUGGCGAGACUGGAAUGAUCCCAGAAACAGCAGGGACGGCACCAAGCACGACUACUGUUCCCGCCGAAGUCCCAGCUCCUACUGAGGCAGUGCCCAGUGCUACUACAGGCAAAGGACGUGGUCGUGGAAAGAAGCCUGCAGCCCAAGGAGUUGCGUCUACUCAAGCUGCAGCCUUCACUGAGCCUACUGCGACCAGCACUGAAGCACAGCAACCACAGGACAAUGCUCAAACAUCUGGUCUAGGCUCUAGCAUUGCUCAAACUGAACCUGCCACAGCAAUGGCCCUUGACACACCAGCCUCUACCACAGCCAAGCCAGCCCCAGAAACCGAAGACCGACCCCCCACAACCGACGAACUCGAAAACCCUCCCGAAAAAGGCGCCGUCGAACCAGCCACAACCUCCACUACCGCCUCCUCCUCAACCAUCGAAACAGCCACCCUCCCCCUCUCCGCCAUCAGCGUCGGCAAACAAAUCCCCUCCCUCUCCACCUUCGGCGGCCACAUCGAAACUCACACCGGCACCAAAGUCUCCGUCUCCGACCUCCUCUCCGGACUGUCCAGCGGCGGCAUCAUAAUCUUCACCUACCCCCGCGCCAGCACCCCCGGCUGCACAACCCAAGUCUGUUCCUUCCGCGACAACCACGACGCCUUCACCGCCUCAUCCGGCUACAAGAUCUACGGGCUCAGCACGGACAGCACGAAGGCGAACAUGGGGUUCGCGACGAAGCAAAACUUGCAGUAUGAGUUGUUGUGUGAUCCGGCGGCGGGGCUGACGGGGGCGCUGGGGAUGAAGAAGGCCGGGAAUGCGAAGGGGACGUUGAGGGGGGUGGUGGUUAUUGAUGGGGCGGGGGUGGUGAAGGUGUGGUUUCAGGGUGGGCCAGGGAAGACGGUUGAUGUUGUGAGGGAGUAUUUGGAGACGUUGAAUUAA